AUGAUCAUGCACUACAUCACUCCGAAAGAGAGCGUCAUUCUCAAUGUCCUAGCAGCCGAGGUGGAUUUCUCGACGUGCGAGUCCAUCGUGAUGUCGCAGGAGGUGGACCCCGACGGCGAUCGCACCCUCGCUGUCGUCACCAAGGUCGACCGCGCUCCUGACGGGCUCUACGAGAAGAUUCAAGGAAAUUCCGUGCGGAUCAAGCUUGGUUAUGUGUGUGUCAGGAAUAAGACUGACGCGGAUGCUUCUUAUGAGGAUGCAAGGAAGGCAGAAGCCGCCUUCUUUGAUAACCAUCCGGAAUUGAGCCGGAUUGGGUUAAGCUCCCGCGGAGUUCCGGCUCUGACUAAACACUUGAUGGAGACUCAAGCCAAGAGGGUAGCCGACAAGGUCCCACAGAUGAGAAAGGCCAUCCAGAAAGCACUUGUUGCGAAGAGGCGUGAUGUAAUGAGUGGCGUCAUCAGCGGGAAGAAUGUCAUCGCCAGUGAGAAGCAAGGCCACCCUCCAAGUAACGAGACGGUGCUCUACUCUGCUAGGCUUCGCGAAAUGUUCAACAAAUUCGAGGCUCAGAUGCGGGCUGCUCUCCCGGACUUCCUUGGUGCAGACUACACUGAAAGGUGCAAGAAAGCGUUGACAGAAUUGCCCGAAAUUCCUCUUCCAAACAUGUUGGAUCAGGCUGUGGCGAGGAAGCUGGUUCAGGAGGUGGUGGAAAGAACUGAAGCGCCGUGCCUGCAGCUGGUGAAUGACUGUUUCGCCUUCGCAACCGCAGUGCAACAAGUUGUGGUGGCACAUGUCAGUGGGAUAUAUCCCGGGCUGAACGACGUCGCUCAGCAUCAUUCAGGCCUGCACGCUCUGAGGGAGGCCAAGGAUUCUGCAAUCCGCUUUGUUCAGCUCUUGUUAAGAAACGAGAAGAAGUUGGUCUUCACACUUAACCACAGCUACAUGGAUACGGUCUCACAAAUCCAAGCACAGAUUGCCGAUUACAAGAAAGCUAAGCCAGAUAUUGCGAAUGGAAGCUCCCCUCCUGUACCCUCUGUUGAAGAAUUCGCUUCCAGCACUGCUUCACUCGCUAACCUGAUCAGCAAUGAGGACCAAGCAGCGAGGGGCCUGCAGAUCAACAUGUUUUCAUAUGCCAAGGUGAUGCACAAGCGGCUGUGUGACGUGAUCUCUAUGGAGAUUCGGGUGUCCCUUGAGACUGCUUUGCUGGAUGGCACUGAUCUUCCCUUGCCUAAUCCCCACUGCCAGUUCCACCUGCCAGUUCCCCAUGCCAGUUCCCCAUGCCAGUUCCCCAUGCCAGUUCCCCAUGCCAGUUCCCCAUGCCAGUUCCCCCUGCCAGUUCCCCCUGCCAUUUCCCCCUGCCAGUUCCCCAUGCCAGUUCCCCAUGCCAGUUCCCCAUGCCAGUUCCCCCUGCCAGUUCCCCCUGCCAUUUCCCCAUGCCAGUUCCCCUUGCCAGUUCCCCAUGCCAGUUCCCCAUGCCAGUUCCCCUUGCCAGUUCCCCAUGCCAGUUCCCCAUGCCAGUUCCCCAUGCCAGUUCCCCCUGCCAGUUCCCCCUGCCAGUUCCCCAUGCCAGUUCCCCAUGCCAGUUCCCCAUGCCAGUUCCCCAUGCCAGUUCCCCAUGCCAGUUCCCCCUGCCAGUUCCCCCUGCCAUUUCCCCCUGCCAGUUCCCCAUGCCAGUUCCCCAUGCCAGUUCCCCCUGCCAUUUCCCCAUGCCAGUUCCCCUUGCCAGUUCCCCAUGCCAGUUCCCCAUGCCAGUUCCCCUUGCCAGUUCCCCAUGCCAGUUCCCCAUGCCAGUUCCCCAUGCCAGUUCCCCAUGCCAGUUCCCCCUGCCAGUUCCCCUUGCCAGUUCCCCCUGCCAUUCCCCCAUGCCAUUUCUCACUGCCCACAUCUCCCUGCAGUUGA